AUGAAAGUACCUGUUCAUCUUUCACUGGGGAUCCUGUCCCUACUCCUUGCAAGCACUGUGCUUGGCAGCAAAACGAAGAAGCAUGCAAAAGCGACAACUACAAAAGUCUCAGUCCCCAUGCAAUCAAGCCACCUAGGCCCUCUCUUCAACAUAACAAUUGGCACACCGCCACAGCCCUUGACCGUCCUAAGUGACUGGACGUGGAUGUCGCUUUUCGCACGUUCUGCAAACUGCGUGGGAUCAUAUAAUAUUGCAAAGUGCAUCCCAUCAGGCCAAGAAUACUUCAAUGAGAAAAAGUCCACAACAUUCAUUACGACCAAUCUUUCCGCCACUGGAUGGGAAGGGACUAGCUUCCUACCCGGAUACGAAUUCGCCGUGACCUACAAUCGGGACAAAGUCUGCAUCGGGGACGUCUGUGACAACGGUGUUAUUUUCCAACUUUCUGAUUUCGAUCUUGUCAUUGACGAGGUGGUUCCAUUUGGUGGCAUAUUUGGACUCUCUCCUGUGUUUCCUUCCGAAAAUAUAACAUCCUAUCCGGCUUCAUAUCAGGCUUACCUUGGGGGUCAGCUGGGUCCGCAAGUGGGAUUCCAUUCUUGCGCGGCAUUGACCUCUAAAACCACAUGCGGAGGAGGUGAUAUGCAGACUGUGUUUGGUGGCACGGCGGAUAGGGAAGUUUUUGAUCCCGCCGACGUUGUUCGUUUCGAUGUGAACGUAGGGAGCUGCCUCUUUGAGAGUUCUCCGCUGAAUGUCACUCCUUCUCGAAACAAUUUCUGGGCGAUUGAGUGGACAGGAAUGUGGAUUGGAUCGGAGAAAGUGGAACUCAACCAGGAGACGGUACUCAUCGGAUGCGCCGAUGGGAAACCUAGAGCUGUGUUUGAUGAAGGUUCGGAGGGAUAUGGUGCUCCGGUUCCACUGAAUGCACUUGCUAGCCUCCUGAUUACGACAAAUGCGACGGAGUCUGGUACAGGUUCAGAGGUAUCAUACCAGUUGUCAACAGUCGACAAUCUUGAAAGGCUUCCGACUCUCACUUAUGAGUUCCAAGGAAAGCAGAAUUACACUAUCUCACCCAGGACGUAUGUGAGUUGCUCCGGUGAAAGCUGCACACUAAAUAUCAAGGCAUGGGAUUUUUACUCGAAUGGCCCCAUGGCACUUUUUGGACAAACUUUCCUCGAGACUCUUUACGUGAUCUUGGACUUUGAAAGUCUUCAAGUGGGACUGGCACCUUUGAAACAGGGCUUACUAGCUUCGUGA